CGCGCACGCGACCGCGCGUCGAUCGUCCGAUCGUCCGCGCGCGCGACCGCCCGCGGCGCGUCGGUCCCGCCGCCCCUCGCCGCGCGCGAGGACGCGAAGGGAAGGAGGAGGGCGUCGCGUCGUCGGUCUCGACGCAACCCUAGAAAAUAUCAGAUACACGCGAUGAGCGCGCUCCUUCGGAUCGCCGCCGCGUCCGCCGCGAGCACGUCCGGCGGUCUGUUCUCCUCGCUCCUCGCGUCGCAAACGCGCGCGUUCGUCGCGCCCGCGAGCGCGCUGUACGCCAAGGCGAAGACGAAAGCCGCGCCCGCGGCGGCGAAGAAGGAGGAGCCGAAAGCGACGAGCGCGCCGACGCACGCCGCGGGGAUCAACUUUAAAAAGACGGGGUCGGACCCGGAGUUCGGCCCGGACGAGUCCUACCCGGACUGGCUGUGGACGCUGUUGGAGCCGCGGAAGACGCUCCGGCAGCUCGAGAACGAAGUCGCCGCCGCGAAGGCGAUGCACGAGCAGUCGCUCGCGGACGGGAAAGGCCCUCGGUACGACAUAAUGGACGUGAAGGACAUCCAGAGGCUCUUGAAGCUCCGACGGCGGGUCAAGAUCAAAGAGAACAACGACAGGAGGAAGAAGAAGUAGUCGCGCGUUCGGUUCGGGCGGGCGAUAUCGUAGACUAUCUAUCGCGAUGGGUGGGUCGGGGGGUGGGUGGCG